AUGUUACUUAUUAGAAGGUUUUACUGUAGCUCUCAGCGAAUAAGUCAUAUAGCCAAGUCAAAUAAGCGAGGCGACUCACUCGGUAUUCGGGGCUGGAUAAAAAACAUUCGCCGGUUGAAGAACAACACAUUUCUGGACAUUGAUGAUGGAUCUUCGAGCAGCAGAUUCCAAGUCGUUGUGCCACGCAAUCCAGAAACACAAAACCUAACACCGGGCAGCGUCAUCUCGGCUGUGGGAGAGAUCCAAGUGGCACCUAACGGAAACUUUGAGCUGCAUGCAGAUCGCGUGGAAUCACUGGCCGAAGGACACCUGCAGGAUGGCUAUCCUUUCACCCCCAAGCAGAAACACGCACCGGAAUAUGUUCGAGAGCAUCUGCAUCUCCGCUCCCGUGUCGACUACGUAGCCGCCCAGAUGCGAAUCAGACACAAGGCUCAGAAAGCCAUACAUGACUACAUGGAUGAGCUGGAUUUUGUGCAAAUCAACACUCCUCUGAUGACCACCAACGAUUGUGAGGGUGCCGGCGAGGUUUUCCGUGUACAGCCCGACUCGGAGGAACUGCUUAAGCAAAUGGCCCGGCCCAAUGUCCCAGCAGAACAAAGCUAUUUUGACAGCAAGGUCUUUCUUUCCGUCUCGGGACAACUGCACCUUGAGGCCAUGACCUAUGGCCUGGGAAACACGUACUGUCUAGCCCCCGCCUUUCGAGCCGAGAACUCCAAGUCGCCAUUGCAUUUAGCCGAGUUCUAUAUGUUUGAAGCCGAGCUGGCGCAUUUGGAUGAGCUGGAGAAGCUGGCGAAAUUUAUUGAGCAGAUGCUUAAGUCCAUUACAAAUCGCGUACUCGAGACGAGCUCAGAGGACUUGCACUUCUGCCAGCGCAAUGCCAAUGCUAGCUCGGAUCUGCCUUGGCUGACUGUUCCAUGGACGAUCAUGAGCUACGAUGAUGCUCUCCACGUGCUCCUGGCCAACAAGGAGAGUCUAAAGACGCCCAUCAGCUUGGACGAGGGUUUUACCAAGGACCAGGAACUUUUUCUUGUGUCCCACUGCGGCACUCCCGUCUUCGUUGUAGAUUGGCCCACCCAGCAAAAGCCUUUUUACAUGAAAAUCACUCGCAAUAAUCCGGAUCGUGUCCACGCCCUAGACCUGCUGAUGCCAGCUGUGGGGGAAUUGUGUGGUGGCAGCUUGCGUGAGAGCGAUGCAGCCACUUUGAGCUCCCAUCCACAGUUUCCCAAGGACUUGUCGUGGUAUGUGGACCUGCGAAAAUACGGAGGGAUCCCUACGGGCGGCUUUGGCAUGGGCUUUGAGCGAUAUCUGCAGCUCGUGACGGGUGUUAAGAACAUACGGGAUGUGAUACCAUUUCCCCGAUAUCCACACAGCUGCAAAAUGUGAUUAAUGUGAGUGAAAAAU